GAUGGCGCAUAUGCCGCCGCAGGAUGGAAACCUCGAUCAGAAGGCUGGGGCAGUUCCGGGACAUGGAAGGACACUGAGUCACCAAACGCCGCCAUGGGCCGGAAGCCACCGCCCUAGCCUCAGCUGCAAUCUAGAGCGCGGCGUAUCCUGUGAGCCCACUGGGGACUACGACUCCCGGCAUGCUCCGCGGCCGUCGGAAUUAACCCUUCAGGGCUGGGGGGCCGCGCUGUACACCGCCCCCUCCCCAGCCACAGACGCGGACCCCACAGGAGAUGGGUGCCCCCAUCCACACACUGUCCUUUGGCCACCGGACAUCAUGCCUCCCAAGAAGGAUGUUCCCGUGAAGAAACCAACAGGACCCUCCAUCUCUAAACCUGCUGCUAAGCCAGCAGCAGCAGCAGGGGCUCCUCCAGCCAAGAGCAAAGCUGAGCCAGCUGUCCCCCAGGCCCCUCAGAAAACCCAGGAGCCUCCAAUUGAUCUCUCCAAAGUGGUGAUCGAGUUUAACAAGGACCAGCUGGAGGAGUUCAAGGAGGCCUUCGAGCUGUUUGACCGAGUGGGGGAUGGCAAGAUCCUGUACAGCCAGUGUGGGGACGUGAUGAGGGCCCUGGGCCAGAACCCCACCAACGCCGAGGUGCUCAAGGUCCUGGGGAACCCCAAGAGUGAUGAGCUGAAGUCCCGGCGUGUGGACUUUGAAACUUUCCUGCCCAUGCUCCAGGCAGUGGCCAAGAACCGGGACCAAGGCACAUAUGAGGACUACUUGGAGGGGCUUCGUGUGUUUGACAAGGAGGGGGACGGCAAAGUCAUGGGAGCAGAGCUCAGACAUGUUCUCACCACCCUCGGUGAGGCAGGCAAGGGGGACCAGAACUGCUUUAGAGUGGAGAGGGGAAUGGGGUGGGCCAGAAAAAAGACUGGCCAGAUAAGCAGAGCCAGCAGGAGGAUUACUAUCCUGCAGGUUGUCGGCAGGAGACUGAGAAGGUCAGAGCUGUGGGGGUAGAAUCUGAAGGACUUGCUCUUCCAGAGUCUAAAGUGCCUUCCAGAGGACAGAGGAAAAGGGAUGAGGCAGGAAAUCUGAAUUUUCGUUUUGGAAGAGACGUGUGGGUUGUGUGUUCUGGUACAAGUCUCUUAACCUCCUGGAAU